AUGUCUUACGUCGGGUACGACACCUACCAGCAGCCCCAGUUCGGCUACCCCAUGUCCCACUCCGUCUCGCACGCGGGGCCCAUCUACGGUGCGCACCCGAGCGAGUUUGGCUACGAGCCAGGAUACGCCGGGACCGCAUACACGGACCCUGGCUACGUCGCUGGCGGCGUUUACCCUUCAGCCACCGUCUACCCUCAGCGUGCCAUGAGCCAGUACGGACCUCGAGCCUACGACGACUUCGAUCUCCGCGACUCGUACCACUCCGGCUACGCGACCCCGCACGGCGGCUCGCGGCGGCGGCGCUCGAACUCGCUCACGCGCUCGAUGUCCCGCAUGAGCCGGCGGAACAGCACGUACGACCUCCGCGCGGCGGGCGGCGCGGGCGGGCUGAGCGGCGCGGUGAUCAAGUUCAAGCGCAAGGGCGGCUUCCGGAGCGGGAUCACGCUCGGCGAGGCCAUGUCCGACGCGCACCUGAGCAGCAACGACAACUACUCGCUCUACGACCUCAACGCGGACUCGCGCGGCCGCAUCAUCCUCAAGCUCCGGUGGUCGGGCUACAGCUCGAUGACGUACGAGCUCCCCGCGGACUGCUACGACGGCCGGGUGGAGCUCCAGACCCUGGCGCGGCGCAUCGCGCGCGCGUGCGUGCACUUCCUGCAGGCACGACUGCGGUGGAUGGGCGAAGCAGCCGCUGACGACGUCGCUGCGCUUGUCGCCUCCGCCUACUCCACCCUCAAAUUCCACCCUCCACCCGGCCAGUUCACCGUCCUCGCCGCCUUCGUCCUCCACGCGCGCGACGCGGACGACGGUCUCAAGGUAAUCUCGCUCGGAACGGGAUCCAAGUGCCUCCCGGGCGACAAGCUGCCUCGCACCGGCGACGCCCUGCACGACUGCCACGCAGAGGUCCUCGCCCGCCGCGGCGCCGUCCGCUGGCUGCUCGAAGAGGCCGCCCGCGCCGCCCCCGCAGAGCACGCCUCCCGAUGGCUCCACAGACCGGGCGGCGCCCCCGCCAAGUUCGCGCUGCGCGAGCGCGUCGAGCUCGUGCUCUACGUCUCCACCGUGCCGUGCGGCGACGCGUCCACGCGCGCCCUCGCCGCGGCGCAGGACCCCGCGAUGGCCGCGCUGAAGGACGCCGCGCCGCCCCCCGCGCCGCCCCCAGGAACCGCCGCGCGCGGGCGCGACGGCUACGCCGCCCUCGGCGUCCUCCGCACGAAGCCCGGCCGCGCGGACGCGCCGCCGACGCGCGCGAUGGCGUGCAGCGACAAGCUCGCGGCGUGGGGCGUGCUCGGCGUGCAGGGCGCGCUCGCCGCGCGCGCGCUCGUGCCGGUGUACGUUGCGCGCGUCGUCGUUGGGGAGGUCGCGUCCGGAGCGGAGAAGGAGGAGGAGGCGAUGGUGCGCGAGGACUGCGAGCGCGCGCUGUUCGGACGGCUGCGCGGGAAGCUGGGAGACCUCCCUCACCCGUACCGCCUGCGCGAGCCCGCGAUCGAGUUCACCGCCGUGCCGUUCGUCCACUCGCGCUCGGCGCUGUCGCCGACGCCCUCGAGCGGCUGCAACGACUCUCUCUGCUGGGUCGCGGACUCCCCGAGGCCGAGCGAGGUCCUCAUCAACGGCCUCCGGCGCGGCGUGCCGCCCAAGCACCGGCACAACCCCAAAUUCCGCCCGUCGCUGUCCAAGCUGGCGCUCUACCGACUCUUCAGGGACGUCGCUCUCGCUACGGGCACGCCGACCGUAGAGGCGGACUGGACGAGCUACGAAGGAUGCAAGCGUCGCGAUCCCGACUACGAACGCGCGAGGCAGGCACUCAAAGGACCCGGUGGACCGUUCGAGGGAUGGGUUCUCAGCGGGAAGGCGCACGAGCAGUUCGACAUCGACGGUGCACCUGCCGCUCCGCCUCCGUUGGAUCAAGAUGUCGCCUGA